GCUCAAAUUUCUAAGUUUCCUCUUUCUCGCAUCAAGUCAGGUAUUUCUGAAGAAAUUUCCCUCAGCCGGACGGGGCCACCAUGAUGCCAUUUCUAGUUUAUUCUCGAAGUUUCGCCAUUUUAAUAGCAGCCCUCAAUUGCGCGGUUCUUGCUCAAUUUACAGACUACACGACAAACAGCACGACAAACAGCACGGAUACAGAAAAAAAAAAGGAGGGACUAUCGAAGAACGUCAUAUUGCUUAUUUCAGCCAUCACUCCAUGCUUAGCCAUACCAGUAAUAUGCGUCACCGUCUACCUCUGCUACUUAUUAAGAGAUCGACCGAAACCUCGGCCUCUGCCGCCUCCAGACAUGGUAGAAAGAAUGUAUCUAGAAGCUCAGAGGAAUGCAACUUUGCGCUCCCAGUCUAUUUUCAACUCGACAGAACAUAUAGUGACCAGCGCGCUAUAAAUCUUCCGGAACUGACUUUUACUUGGAUGCUGUGGUACUUACCGUGAAUAAACAUAACAUACGCGGACUAUCGACUUUAUGGCUGAUACCCAAAGAAUAUCGCUACUUUCUAAGAAUGGAAAACAACCAUUCUGAAGACAGAACUUCAUUUCGCAGCACUGUAAAAUUCAAUUAUUUUAAAAACUUUCUCAAAGAAAAUAUAAAAAAUCUCAAAAAGGAAACUCUUUAAAAGUUUUACACCAAACAUCGCAGAUAACAAGUUACUAUAUUUGCUGCUUUAUGAGACGCAUUUUAUAAAUAUUUUUAUCUGUACCAAAAAACUCUCCUGCGUCUGAUGCGACCGUAUUACGGACGGGGGACCAAGUGCCGAAGGCCAGACGACCAUUAGUCUGCUUUGUACAAUAAUUGUUACUGAUGACAAAAUACGGAAAACAAGCCGAAAUAUUGCAGUCUCUUGGGAUAAAUUUACGAAAAUUGGU